AUGGAUUUUUUUUCCCGUUCGGAAGUUUUCGGUAUUGUGUUGCUAUUUGCACUUGCCAUCAAUACAUCGGCAGUUUUGAACUACGACAAAGAGCUGCAGGAAGUUAAAGUGUAUUUCUUUUCACCAUCAUUGAAGCAUGAAGAAGCAGUGGAAUCGUUCGAGCCGUCACCAGAAAUCGAUCUACGUAGACAGUUGAAGGUGUUAAUCCAUGGCUGGAAUGCUGAUCGAAAUCAUGUAUCGAUAAGUCCCAUUCGAACGGCUUAUUUGGUACAGGAUGCACACAACUUGCUGGUAGUCGAUUGGUCAAAAGUGGCCUACCUUUCGUAUCCAACGGCUCGUCGUUUAGUUCUACCAAUUUCAAAUAUCAUCGGGAAUAGUUUAGCGAAAUUCAUACAAAGGGUAGGCAUCGAACACAGUCAGGUGCACGUAAUUGGCCAUAGUCUCGGUGCACAUAUUGCGGGCAAUGUGGGACGUUACUUUAAAGGUGAGCUAUCGCGAGUGACGGCACUUGAUCCGGCAGGACCACUUUUUGAGUUCGAAUCGAAUGAUGCUGUUGGACCCGAUGUUGCGCAGUUUGUUGACGUUAUCCAUACUGACGGGCUUACGCUGGGUGAGGACAUUGUAAGGGGACAUGUCGACUUUUUCCCAAACGGUGGCAUAGCACCGCAACCCGGUUGUGAAGUUCUCGACAUCGUCACACUACAUGGGUGCAGUCACUUCCGUGCACCCGCAUUUUUUGCGGAAUCGAUUCAGCUUCCGAACAACUUUAUUGCCUGCGCUUGCAGCCGGGAAGAAAUUUACAGAAAGGACGAGAUCUGCCUACCGGAUGUUCGUGAAACAUCCUUGCGUGAGUGUGUUGCAAUGGGAGAAUCAUUAGACCCUGGUGUUCGAGGAACGUUUUAUGUCCGUACGUCGCGUGUUCCUCCGUAUGGGCUUGGCCAACACACGAAAAGUAGUGAGCCCAGCGUCUAA